AUGAAGCUCCUCCUGACUGUUCUCUGUCUAGUCGUGGCUGUUUCAGCCUACGAGCCUAUCAACAUUGAUUACCACAACACUAUUGGUGUAAUUGAAGCUGCUCGUAUCAAACAGGCUGAAGAAUCCACUGACUUCGACGGCAGCAGAAUCGUGGGAGGAAACUUCGCUCGCCUUGGUCAAUUACCGUACCAAGCUGGGCUCCUAAUCAGACUUCAAGACGGCAGACAAUCAGUUUGCGGUGCUUCCCUUCUUAGUAACUCCAGAUUAGUGACAGCUGCUCACUGCUGGACAUCAUACGGCGUUACUGCUCGUGAAAUGCUUGUAGUUCUUGGCUCUAUCACUCUUUACUCUGGCGGUACUCGUAUCAUCACCAACAAUGUCCUUCCUCACGAAAGAUUUAACCCGUUUACUCUCCAAAAUGACAUUGCCAUCAUCUACAUUGACCCUGUUAGCUAUUCAAAUAAUAUCAGGAACAUUGAGAUCGCAAGUGGAAACGAUCAAUAUGUUGGAUCAUGGGCUACUGCUUCAGGAUUUGGUCGUUACACAGACACUUCUGGCGCCUCUUCCAGCCUGAGGUACGUUAACUUGCAAGUCAUCAGCAAUGAUGCAUGCAAACGUACUUACGGAAACAUCAUCUUAUCUUCUUUCCUCUGCGUGGCUACUCCAAAUGGAUUUAGUACCUGCGCUGGAGACUCUGGUGGUCCCCUCGCUAUUGGUAACAAACUGAUUGGUGUCACAAGUUUUGGUCAUAGCGCUGGGUGCAGUCGUGGUCACCCUGCUGGUUUUAUGAGAGUUACUUCAUUCUACGAUUGGAUUACAUACUUUAUGUAA